AUGGCCGAAUUUCUUUCGCAACUCACCUCGGUGUCGUCAGGUAGCUUCGACGAAGACUAUGACAGGCGAAUCCGUGACCUCAUCACAUACCUUCAACAGCCGAGCAAGGCUUCUGAGCUUUCAGCGGCUAGUGGAUAUUUGCUAGAUAACCUCGAUCCUUCUCUACACACUCUGUCUUAUUUAUCAGUCUUCCUUUUUAAGAUACAGUCCCUCCAGGGCAGCAACAAGAGCCGGCUACCAGAGCAAAUUUAUCCCGGGCGAGAACUAUGGCUCAAGGCUAUUCGGAUUCUGAGAAGCUUUGAUCCUUUUCAGAUACGGUAUGCUGGUCAUGAAUGGCACCGGCUAGUACAACUUGUGGUUCAGGCUGCGCAGGCUGUCUCUAAGCCACUUCUAGCAGUUCUAGCUGUCAGGGAUGCCAUAGUUCGACUCGACCCCUCGUCAGAGGUUCUCACAUCAGUUCACACUACGUUUAUUAAACUCACUUUGGUGUCUAGGUCGUAUAGCCUGGCUGUGCCAGUUUUGGAGAGACAGCGUUCAUAA